AUGAUAGACAAAUAUCUAAAAAUAUUUCAAUUAUUAUUUACUGUAAGUUUUAUUACACUUAUAUCGUUAACAUACCUAAGCAAUGGACAGGAGUGUAUAUGUAACGCCAAAUUUGUCGGCGAGUAYUGCGGUAAUGAACUCAACGACAAGUCCACCGGAAACUGUAGUAAUGAAUUGAUUUACUUUUGCGGCAAAAGUAAUAUGAGAAAGACUGCCUUUCCUGUUAGGACUUGUACUGAAAAAGGAUAUACUUGUGUGACCAAAGAAAAUAAGGACAAUCCAUGCUAUCAAAACUUAUUCUGUAAUUGUGGACCAAAUAAUCAGCGAAGGAAAAAAUAUUGCGGAUCUGAUCUCGUGGGACAGGGAUGUAAACCUAAUAUUGUCUAUAAGUGUCCAAUGUUUAGAGGCAAUAAGCUACAAGUUGAGGAUGCCUGUCCCAAUAGCUGUAAGGAUGGCAAAUGUGUCUAA